UUCAUAAUUUGAAUAUAAUAAUUAUUAAUUUAAAUAAUUACCUACAGACAUUCUCAUGCAAAGAACUUGAAAGCUGCAUGGAAGACUUCUUGAAGAAAUGUUCUGAAAUUGAUUUAAAGUAUAGUAUUCUUGCAGAGGAACGCAUAUUGCAGGUUACUAAAGCUGAAGAAAGGGCAAGAGAGGUAGAAGAAUCUAAGUGUGGAAAGAGAUGUUUAAAUGAAGAGAUUGAAAAACUUAACUCCUUCAUUCAGGAAUUAAAUGAUAAAUUACUUUUUGAGAAAGAAAGGAACAAAGAUUUAAGUUGUAAAUAUGCUAAAGAAAUAUCUGUCUACUCUAUGAAGUUGAAAGAUUUAGAAGAAGAAAAAACAUUGUUACUGGAGGUGUGUGAGAGACAGAAGACAAAACUUGAAGAGACGCAGAGUAAGCUGUGUCAGUGUGAAGAAGAACUGCAAUUGGUUGGAAGGGAAAAAGAAUUUCCACAUGGUUGUGAAGUAGAUGCUUUGAUAAACUUAUUAGAAGAUACAAAGCAAAACCUAAAUAAAGACAAAGCAGCAAAGGACACUGAAAGCCUGGAAUCUGAUAGCUACUUAAAAUAUCAUAUGGUAGAAUUUAGGGCUAUUACUGAAGACAGAGAUAAAUUUGCUAAACAUAUUGUGAGGCAGGAUCAGUUAGGCAUAUUUAACAGUCCUGGACAUACAGAUCUUGGAAAUACUUCAUGGAAUAUAUCUUGCCACGGGGAUGUUUUAGACCCUAAUAGUGGCAAGUCAAUGUCUAGUUCGGAUGGGCAAAUGUGUUCUAACAUGCCAGAAGAGACUUCAGAUGCAACUGAGCUGAAGAGAAGCUGUGCAGUGUCACAUUUAUCAAGGCGUUGUUCAUCAGAGAUUGAAACAGAACACAAAGAUAAAGGUGAUGGUGAUACUGAGUUGGUGAUAAGUCUAAUUAAGCAGAUAAAGGAAAAAGACUUAAUUUUGGACAAGGCUUAUCAACAAGCUCAAGAAGAUGUGGCAGGAGAAGUUUCAAUUGCUCAUUUAGAAAAGCAAAAAGGAUGUGUUGCCUAUGAAGAGUGUCUCAACCAAAAAAUGGAGGAGGAUUUGGAACCAGAAAACAAAAGAAAGCAAAGAGAAAAUAGUGUUCUAGCAAUUAGUGAUCAAGAAUUCAAAGAUAAAGUGCAGGAUUUAUAUCUUACCUGGGAAGAAAUGGUAAAAGAUCUCCAACAGGAAAAAGAAAUGCUAAGGGUGCAGUUAAGAGUGCAGGAGCAAUUGAUGAAAGAUGUUCAGGAACAAAAAACAGCUUCUGAUUCUGUGACUAGUGAAGUUCAGUCUCUAUUUGGACAGCAGCUGGCUAUUUUGCAGAAGCAGAGAGAUCAUAUGCAAGCUCAGGUAGAUAGCCAGAAGGCCAGGAACAAAACUCUUUCUGAACUACUUGGUCAAAAAGCUGUAUUAGAAAAUUUAUUACUAAAAGAACAGGAAGAUUUCAAAUUGGAAAUCAAUAAAAAAGAACAAAGUUUAUCAUGUUUGCUUAAGGAAAAAUCAACACUAGAAGAAAAUCUAGUUAUAGUAGGGGAGAGUUUAACAAAAGCAGAAGAAGCUUUGGAAGAAAGUAUUAACAAAAUAAUGAUUCUUGAGCAAACCGUAGAUGAGCUUAAUGUGAAAAUUAAAACAAUUGAAGAAUCACAUGAAUUUGAAAGACUAGAAUUUGAAAAGAAACUGAAAAGCAGUAAUUCAGAAGUGCAGAAGCUUAGCACUGAAAUGAUUCUAAAAGAAAAGGAAUUUAGUGAAGAUGUAGCUUUUUUAAAGAAUGUUCAGCUGAAAGUUGAAACUCGCCUAGAAGAGACUUUGCAGAAGUCUGUACAGAACAUAGAAGUGAUACAGUGUGAGAUGAGAAGAUUACACAAGGGUGAAAUCAGUACAAUGGAGUCUCGUUAUCAGUCUGAACUUGCAGAUCUGAAAUUGCAGCACCAAAAAACAACUGAAGAACUCAAUGCAGAAAUAAGAGAGAGAAUGGAACAGCAACAACAGAUAGAAGCAGACCGAAAAGAAGAGACUGGAAUAAUUAAAAAGGUUCAUGAACGAGAACAUGAUCGUGAAAUAUGUGAACUAAUUAUUCAGCAUGAAGAUGAAAUUAAAGAGCUGCACACUAAAUUAAUGAAGGAGCAACAGCAAAUGUUAGAUGAAUUGCAACAACAAAUAGAAGCUCAGCAUCAGGAAGAGAUGCAGCAAGCAGAGGCCCUUCAUAAUCUUAAACUGGAAGCUCUAAAACUAAGUUCAAGUAAUAUGCACACAUCCCAGUUGGAACUGAUGCAGACUAAUCUGAGAAAGGAAAAAGAAACUGCCCUAAUGGAGUUACGUGAGAUGCUCAAUGAUAAACAUGCUCAAGAAGUAGCAGUUUUACAAGGCCGAUUCCAUUUUGACUUGGAACGUAUUACGGAACAGCAUGAUAAGGAAAAAGAAGAAAUGGCUCUGCAACAUCAAUUCGACAUGGAUAAACAGAAGAAGGAAAUAGCUCUGGAAAUGGAGAAGAAACAUACCCAGUUAUUGGAGAGUCUUAAAAAAGAAUGGGCAUCAAAUACAGACCUCAGUUUAAAAACCAUGUCUGAAGAGCUAUCGCUGAAACAUCAGAUUGAAUUAAACGAGAUGAAAACAACCCUAAAAACAGAAGUUGACAAAGUGAAAGGAAAGUUGAAGAGUCUGUCUUUCGAAAAGGAUCAGACUGAAAUGGAGCAUGAAAACUUCAAAAACCAGUUUGAUUUGGCCAUGACAAAACUGCAGAUUGAACAUGGACAAAAGUUGGAAGAUAUGAAAGAGCAAAGCAAGAAACAAGAAGGAGAGUUACAGCAGGAGAUAGAGAACCUAAAGGCUAUACAGGAAAAAUUAAAGGCAGAGUCAGAAGAAGAAAUCAAGCACCUUUGGUCUCAAUUGGAUAGUGCUCGGUCAAGUCGACAAGAAUUAAGUGAAUUGAAAGAACAGCUGCUUGCUCGAACAUCACAUAUGGAAGAAAUGGAAUACUUGAAGAAGGACUUUCAGCUUAAAUGGGAUAAAAAAAGAAGUGAACAUGAAAAUGAACUGGAACAGUUAAGACUUUAUUUUGAACAGAAAUUAAAGUUUGUGGAAGAAAACUACAGGGAAGAAUUAACAAUGCUGCAUCAGAGACUGCAGGAAAUGAAAGAUUACUCCCUGUUAGAGAUGGAGAACAGCCAAGAUCUACAUGUAGAAUUUGGUCCAUCUACCACACUUUUAGAAGAGAUGACUGAAAAAGAGAGACAUGAUCUAUUUGAGCAGCUAACUCAGCAGCUGGAGCGUCAUAAGGAAGAAUUCUCUUGUUUACAGUUGCAUAUGGAUAAUAAGCACAGAAGUGACGUAGAGUUGUUAAGGUCUUCGCUCUCGCUUCAGUACCAAGAGAGCCUAAUGAAGAUGAAGAUGGAUCUCUCGGAUAGAUACACUUCUGAAAUUGAGCAACUGAAAAGAAAGCAUUGUUUGGGUCUUGAACAGCUCCGUGCCACAAUGUCAGAAGAGCACCUCAAAGAAAUUGCUAAACUUCGUCUACAAAGUGCUCAAGAUGCUGCACGCCAGGUAGAAGUGGAAGUAGCUGAGCGACUCUUGGUACUGGAAAAUGACUACAAAGCUCAACUUAAUAUUCUUCAGUUUGACAUGCAGUCCAUUUCUAUGCAAAAAGAAGAAAUAGAAAAACUGAAGAGAGAAAAUACUAAAUUCAAGGAAAUGAGUGUGUGUCAAGAAAAGCAUUUGAAGGAAUUAGAACAGAUUAAAUGUAAACUCAUUGAAGAUCAUGCAAACAUGUUAAAGAAAACUAGAGAGGAGUUGCAGGAAAUGGAACAGACUCAUAAAACAAAAGCUGAAGAAUGGAAACAAGAACAGGAGGAUUUGAGAAGAAUGAAUGAAGAGAAAUUAUCACUGUUGUGUAAAGAGCUUGAAAGCAAGGCAGAAUAUGAAAGGCAAGCCUUGCAAAAGCAGUUUGAAUUUCGUGAAGCUGAAAUGGUUUGGCUUCAAGAGCAGCAGGCUACUAAAAUUGUAGAAUUAGAGAAAUCCCUAAAGGAGCAGCAGGACAUUGUUCAGCAGCUGGAGGAGACUUUAGUAAACACGCAGGCGGCUUUGGCUCAGUGUGAGAAUGAGCUCACUUCCACAAAGGCCCUCAUGACUGAAGAGUCAGAAAAAGCGAAAGAAGCGUUACAAGAAGAAUGGAAAGCUAAACUCAAAGAAGCCCAGAGCAGGUUUGUGGAAGAGGGUGAAGCUAUUACUGAAAAAAUCACAAGAGAACAUCACAUUCUCCUUCAGGACCAAAGAGAAAAACACAUUGAGGAGCUCAAAUGUCAAAGUAAAGAGCUGCAGCAUAAACAUAAGGAACAAAUUUUGUCUCUGACAUUCAAUCUACAGACAAAGCACCAAGCUGAAAUUGAAACUCUCAGAUCUGCAUUAGAAAGGAAACAGCAGACUCUAGAAGCGUCAAUAUCUGAUACGCAGAAUAAUCAUCAAGCACAAAUAACAGAACUGGAGACCAUGCAUUUAUCGAAUUUGGAUACUCUGGAGUCUGCAUAUUUAUCUGAAAUUCAGCUUCUACAAGAUGAGCACAGGCAAGCUCUUGGAGAUUUACGGUUAGAUUUCAGAGAACAAUUGCUUCAGAAGGACAAGGAAAAUCAAGUGCUUUUGACUCAAGAAUUAGAUGGGAUGGAACUUAAACAUGCUGAGAAGCUGCAGAUUUGCCAAGACAAUCUGGAAAUAGAGCUGACUACUGUUCACAUAGGAAAACUUAAAUUAAUAACAGAAGAACUACAAGAAACUCAUAAGGAAGAUUUGACAAUAGCACUAGAAAAACAAAGAUGUUUAUUGGAAGAUUACUAUCAUAAAGCCCUCGAUGCGUGGCGGGGAGAAAUGCUCCAUAUAGAGGAACAGCAUAAGAAAGCAAUGCAGGAACUUCAAGAUCUUCAUGUUGUGGAAGUUAAGAAAGAAAAAGAGAAAUGCCAGCAUCUUCAGAAAGAGGUAGAGUCAGACAAAGAAUUGGAGGAGAAAAUCAAAUCUUUAAACAAAGAGAUAGAAGAUGCUAAGGCUGACCUGAAAAACCUUUUACAGCAACGGAACAGAGAGAAUCAGGAAGGAGAGACUCUGAUAGCCUUGUUGAGAUCUGAUAUGGAUGUUUGUAGAAAUGAAAGGAAAAAUCUCCAAGAGUCUUAUCACCAAGCUUUGAAAUUGCUUCUGAAAGUAGUGAAGGCUACUAAAGAUUCUGAAGACCUCAUCUGUAAGAAAGUUGGCCUUUGUCUUGAUGACAGCCUGGCAUCUGGAGAUUCAGGAGAGAGUCAGAAUACAAUUGGAGAAAGAAUAUUUGUACAAAAUCGUAAAACUAUAGAAAAAUGGGGCAUAAGGAAAAGUAAUAGAGGGAAAGUUCUUGAUCAAACUCUACCAGAACGCAGCUUUGAUCCUUUGGUGCCUGAUGAAGUAUCUGAGCUGAGUGAACAUUUAUGUGAAAGUAUUUUUGAAAACCCAGACCUGGUGUUUGAAAAUGAAGAGGGAAUUAAUAAAAUUUGUCAUUGUUUGCAUGUUGCUGUGGAAAUGCUCCUAGAGCUGGUUGUUGAAUCAACUAAACAGCUGGAGGAAACUCAUAAAAUCCAUAUUCACUUCGAAGAGGAAUUAAAGUGUAGGAACUGGGAAGCAUGUCAGGUGGCUAAUGAGCAUCAUGAGCCAAUGGACUGUCUUAAUGAAGAGAAUGAGGCCAAGAAUAAUCUGAUGUUGGAGUUUCAUAAAGCUAGAGGCCUCAUGGAAGGUUAUUUAACAGAGAGACAUGCCUUGGAAGAAGCCCUAAAUCUGAAAGAGGAAUCAGAACGCUCUCUUGUUGCAGAGUUGGAGAAUUUGAAAGCACAGGUCCAAGAAUUAAUGCAGAAACAUGUAGUAUCUAUUGAGGAACAGAAGUUGCUAAUCAGUCAAAAUAAAGCUUUGGCUGCCAAUGUAGGGGAAAGAGAAGUUGCUUUACUCAAGGAAGUUGAACAUCUAGCAAAAGCAAAAUUAGAACUGCAGUGUCAAGCAGAAAAGGACUGUUCCACCUUGAAUUCUCAAAUGAAAAUCUUGGAGAUGGAACUUGAAGAACAACUGAACAAAAAUCAGAAGAUGACAAGUUUGUCAUUAGAGGUUGCUGACCUUAGACAACAAAUACAAGCCCUUGAAAGACAGCUUAAAAAUCAACGAGAUUUCAUGGAUAAACAAGCUAUUGAAAGGGAACAUGAACGUGAUGAAUUUCAGGAAGAAAUUCAGAAACUAGAAAAGCAGUUAAAAGCAACAACAAAAUUCCAGGCUUCUGAACAGUCCAGAGAAUAUGUGGCUGAGACUCUCCACAGUGAAAUAAGAGAGAGAAUGGAGGAUUACAAUGUACUUUUGUUAGAUAAAGAACAGAUACAGAAAGACCUUGCUGUUCAACAAGAAGAAAUAGAAAAACUGGAAGCCCGGGUCAGAGAACUGGAGUAUAUGAAUAGGGAAGAGGGAAAGAAUGUCAAUAAACUCACACAAGAGCUGCAGAAAAUGAAAAGAAAGGAAGCUGAAUUAAAACAAGAUAAAGAAGCACUACAACAGCAACAGUAUAAUAAUUUGAUCCAGAUUUCUAGUUUGCAAUCCAAAUUGGAUGAAGUCAAACACAGAGUGCUUACCGAAGACAGCUUGGAUCAUAUACUAAUGGAACAAUUGAAAGCACAAGAGGAACUUACAACAAAAAGGAGAGAAGUUGCAAACCUGUCAGAACUACUCAAACAAUGGAAAGAAACUGUAGUGAAUAAAAAUGAAGAGAUCUUGCAGCUAAGUUCACAACUAGAAGAAGAAGAAAAUGUUAAUGUCACCAAAAUAAUUCAGCUCCAAGACGAAAAUGCACACCUCAAAGAAAACAUUGAAAAACUUACCACGCAAAGUCAGAAUCCAGGUAGUAGCGAAUUGGUUAUUCUGCCAUUUCUGAAAUCCUUGAUUGAAGAAAAAAAUGAAGAAAAUAAUAAUUUGAACGAGCAGAUUAAGAGGCUGGAACAGAAGAUAGAAAACAGCAAGGAAAAUGAGGUUCUGAAAAAGCAAGUGCUUGAAAUUGAAGACUUGAAGUCAGUUAUAGAAUAUCUUCAUGGUGAUAAGGAACAAUUGCUAAAGGAUAAAACAGAAGAAAUAGAACAACUCCACAGAGUAAUUGAGAAGCUUCAAAAUGAGUUGGCUCUUCUUGAACCCAUGUUUCAUGAAGUUAGUGAUAACCAAGACAAUCUUCAUAACAUUGCUGUAGUAGAGGUGGAGGAGAUCCUUCAUAAUAAAUUGAAGAAAGGAUCACCAACUCAUCUGGAGAGCCGAGAUGAGGGUGACAACUGUCUUCUACUUAAUUCCAGCCAGAAACAGCAUCAGGGACAGCUAGAAAUUCUUUUGACGGACAGGGAAACUUGGAAACAGCUGCUUGAAGAAAAAGAAUCUCAGUUUAAAGCAGAAAUAAAAACCCUAGAACAAAACCUUCAGAAUGUUCAGAAGUCCUCUGGACAGCACUUCACUGAGCUAGCAGCACUACAGCUACAGCAUAAGGAAUUACAGGAAGAAUAUAACCUGCUGAAGAUGUGUUUAGCACAAAAAGAAAGUGAAAUGACUGUGACUACUUCUUGUAUUCAGGAACUUGAAGAUAAGCUGCGAGACAAAGAAGUAAAGCCUAUAGAGAGAGAAAUACAGUUCCAAAUAGUGUCAGAGCAGAAAGUAGAGCAGGCAGUUGAAGUAAAGCAUGUAAAAGAAAAUGUUGUGCCCCUUGAAAAUGAACUACAUGUCUUUGCACAAACAUUGCAUGAUAAAGAGGUCACUUAUCAAAGAGAAAUUAGUGAACUCAAGGCAGCGGUUGCAGAACUCAAAUCUCAGAUUGAGAAAAAUAUGGAAGAUCUGGAAGCAGUGCGAACUGAAAGAGAUCUUUUCCACUCACAGUUAAAAUCUAAUUUGGAAAAGGAUCAAAAUAAUGAAAGUAAAGAAAUGAAACUUCAUAAGCUGGUGCCAGAACCUGAUGCAUACAUCACUUCUAAAGAAAUAGAGGAAGAGGGAGAAGAGAGAGAAUCAAGUAAGAAGCUAUUAGGAUCGGCUGAAUUUUCUUAUAGUGAUGAACUGGAGAAAUGUAUUGCUAUGACUAAUUUGAAGACCUCCAGUGAAAAUCUUGAGGUUCAAGAUAAAAAUCUACGAAGCAUGCUUUUGGUUCAGAGAGCUGAAAUAACAAAUACUGUUAAAGAACAAGAUCUUCAACCACUUUUUCAACAAAUGUUGCAACUUAAUAAUGUUGUCCAAAGUACACAAUUCAUUCAAAAGAUAUCAGAAAACUUUGAAAGUAUGGUCGUAGAUGAGAGUUCUUGGGAAUCGCCUGAGAUUAUGAGAAAGCAGAGUAAUAGCAUGGAGCUCCAAACAAGUCUUCUUUUAACGCCCUUCUCAGAAGUUGAUGUUAUACACAGCAUAGGCUUUGAAAGCUUUUGUUCAGAUUCCUCAGUCAUACAGAGCGAUAUCUCUAGAUUGUUGGAAUGCCCUGUUUCCUAUUCUAAUGGCUGUGAAGAAACAGCAGCCAAUCUCCUCAAGUCCCAGCAUUCCAGUCCCAACAUUCCAGUCCCUGUAUUCCCAGGACCUGUCUUCUCAGUCACUGAGUACAAUGGUGUGCAAGAAAAUAUUUCAGUUAAAGAUGCUGAAGGCUUCACUCUGCUGCUAUCCAAGUUGCAAGAUGAUCUAAGAUCAACGAUGUCUAGACUUGAGGGUGCAAGGACUGAAUAUGGGAACAAUAAGAGUUCAGAUUUAGUACUUCAGCUUAAUGAGGAAAGCCUAGAAACUAUGGUACACCAAGACUCCAGUGCCAUGGCUUAUCUGCAGUGCUUUGGGGUUGUUCCAGAUGUCACUGAACCAGCAAUGAAAGAAAGAGAAGAAUUUUCACAACACUUGAAGAAUGCACUGAAGAUGGUAUAUGAAGAGAGCUACAAAAUACUUGUUUUAUCAGAAAAAUCUGUUAAUGAUAACAAGAAAAUUCAGAAAUCUCCAUCCAAGGAGGGGUGCCAAAAAGAGAGACUAGCGUUGCUCGAUACCAUUCAGUCACUGAAGGAUUACCUCAACAAAGAACCUGAUAAAGAAGACAAGGAAAAGACAUCUCCUUUUUUUGACUGGAGGAGAGAACUUCUUCAAGCAGUCCAGUGUGUGUUGGAAAAAGAGCGGAAUAUGUUACAAAGCUACUUACAGGCACAUUUUUACAAUCCUGGAUCUGGAGAUGAAGGAUCGUUUAUGGAAAAGCUGGAGCAGAUAGCAGAACAACAAGAACGACAGCAAAAUAUAUUUCUGGAGCAUCUUUUGUCUUCAGAUAGAAACAGCUUGCUUACUGAAAUACAGGAUCUUGAAGCUCGGUUGCGACUGAUGCAUCUUCAAAGCCAGGAGAAGCUGCAAGAACUCCAAGAAACACUUAUUAACACAGAGAAUCAUCGGAGUAAACAAGAACAUCAGCUUCGAAGGCAGGUUGAAUUACUAGAAUAUAACCUUCAGCAGGAGAAAUCCAUUGCAAGUGACUUGCAGACUUCUUUAAAAAGAGAACAAGAGAAAGCCUUUGAGAAGCAUGAAUUACUGAAACAGGAACACACUGCAAUACUGAACUUGAAAUCAGAUCUCUGUGAAAGCAAACAAACAAAUGAGAGACUCCAAAAAUCCUUACAGGAACUCCAAAAAGAUGUAAUUAAGUACAGUUCUGCACUGGAAAAUAAGGAGAAAGGUAUGAGAGCUCUGCUUCAAGACUUGCAGAAUGAACAACUUAAAGAAAAAGAACUGCAGAAAGUGUUAGAUGAACAACAGCAUCAGGAUAAGAUAAAAGAGGAAGAGAAGUCAAAAGCAAUUCAGGAGUUGCAGGCUGCCUUGGAACUACAAUGCAUUCAGAACAAUCAGUUGUCUGUAGCUUUAGAGCAUGAACAAUCAGCAAACAGUAAUCUCCGUAAAGAACUUCAGAUUGAGCAUUCUCGCUGUGAAGCUUUAUUGUCGCAAGAUCAAAAUAAACUGUUGGAAUUGCAAAAAGAUUUAGAUAUUGAGAAGAACCGCAGUUUAGAACUCUUAAGUGCUUUGAACCAUGAACGUGUUUUGACAGAACAGCUUAGCAUGAAAAUAAAUGAAUGUGGGUCUUGUAAGCAUAAAGAUUUGUUGCAGGAACUGAAAACUCAGUUGUAUAAAGAGAGAUCACAUGUUAGGGAGCUUUCAGCCAUAAUUGAGAAGACACAACAGCAAGUACUUGAUUCUAAGAAACAAGGGGGUCAAAUGCAAAUAUACACUGAACAACCUCAGAAAGAACAAGAUCUCUGCACCAGUUCACAGGUUGCACAAAGCCAAAAACAGGACAUUAUCCUUGCAUUAGAGAUAAAGAGAGAUAUACAAAUGAGAGAGCAAGAAAACAGGACAGAACAAGGGAUAGAAGGGAUAAGGCAGGAACAGCAAACAGAAUGUGACAAACUAAAGGAACUACAGAGAGCUCGAGAAAGUCCGCAUGAGCUGGAAUUACAACAUUGGCAGAACAGUGGAAGAAUAAAGGAAUUGCAACAGAUGCUAGAACACUUGAAGGAACAGGAAAAAUACCUUAAUUAUCAUAAAAAUCAAGAUAAACUCCCUUCAUGGCCUUCAAAAAAUAAUUACAACAACUUAACCUUUACAACUGAUACUAUAAUGCUGCAUGUGGAGCGGCAGAAAUUAGAAAACAUCAGAGAACAGUUGCUCAUUGCUGUGGGUUAUCUUUCUGAGUUCGUAUAUAAAACUAUAGAUCGAACAUUUAACUGGCCUCCUUCAGAUGAUGAAGCAGUUGCAGCCUUGGUGCAUAUACUUGAGGAACUUAAAGCAGAGUUACUGGCUUCUUCCAAAUCUCCGAUCAUACCUACAUGCCUUAUUAACUCCAUGCAAGAAUCAGAAGAGAUGGCUCAUCAGGAGGAGAAACCUAUUUUGCAUAGUGGUUUGAAAGCAACAGAGUAUGAAGCAACAAAAAACAAUUUUGUGGCAGAAAACAAGUCAACUAUGUCACCUUCCAGUCUAAAGAUGCAAAAGUUAUAUAGGAAGUAUUUGAGAGCUGAAAGCUUUAGGAAAGCUCUGGUUUAUCAGAAAAAAUACCUUCUGCUGCUUCUGGGUGGAUUCCAAGAAUGUGAACAAGCAACACUGUCCCUCAUAGCACGAAUGGGCAUCUAUCCUUCCCCACCUGAUUUGAAUGUUUCUGAAUCACGGAGUCGUUCUUUUACAAAGUUUAGAUCUGCAGUCAGAAUGGUCAUUGCAAUAUUAAGGCUGAAGUUUCUGGUGAAAAAAUGGCAUAAAGUUGGUAGGAAAGAGAUGCCAUUGGAAACCGUUCCUCGUAGUGCUGGACACAACUCAUAUACCGGAGCUGGAAGAGAGGUAUUAAAGCAGCAGGAGCCCUUCCCAGGUGAUACUACUCAAGAAGCUGGAUAUUGCAACAAAAGCAACCUCAUGGGAUGUUGGAAUUGCUCACCUCUACCAUCACAUCAGUUGCAUAAUAAGUUUACUAGUGCUGCUUCUCAAGCAUCAUCUAAAGACCCUGAACAUUCAUUAACAGAAUAUAUUGCUCACUUGGAGGCCAUUCAGCGGAGACUAGGAAUUGUUAUGCCAGGACAGACUCAACAACAAGAGAAACCUUGAAUGUACUGAGGAUGCGUCCUUGAUAUGAAUUACAAAAACUUUCAGUCUCUGCUUUCUUCUUCAAUGAAUUCCUUGCACAAGCCACAUGCCUGGAUGCCCAGGAUCUGUAAACACUGUUGUUCAGUUGAAUAAAAGGGUCUGUUUCUGUGAGUUUUUCAUCACAUUUUUAUACAAUCCCCCCCAAAAAUUUUUUUGUGUACUUUGAAUAUUUCAUGAGAAAAUAAUUCUUCACAGUUUUUGUUGCAAUUACAAGGACACUUAAAAGCUAAGACAAGUGUGCAUUCCUGUAUUGCCAAAAAAGUGCCAAUAUGUCUCUGACAGUGCUUCUUUUUACUAAAACAAUUCAAUGGGAUUUCAUUUAACCAAUUAUUAAAAG